ACAGCACAAGAAGUGCUUUGUCUCGGCGGAGGAGGGGGUGUUGACAGGAGAAAGAGUGGGAGGUGGAGGGACACUAAAUUGGACUCACUUGCACCUCAGACCCUGCAGCAGGACGAGAACAGCGGAGGCCCGAGGAGAGGACAGGAGGGCGGGAAAGAGGAUCGAGGUGGGCCGGAUUGGGGACACACGAAGACCCCUUUCGGCUUGAGAUAUAGCGGGACAGCGGGACACCGGGUGGGGAGGGGGCCCGCAUGAUUCCUCACAGUCCUCAGGCUGUAAUGAUGGUGGUGAUGCACCGAGAGCAGCGCGGCGGAUUCCUGCAGAGCCCGACACACUGUACCACGACCCGGCAACCGAGUAUGAGCUGCUGCAGGGAUAGACGCUUCUGCUCCUCUCCAUCAGAGCCUCACCGACACAAAACCGGAUUUCCAGACCGAUGCUUGAGCCAAAAAACCCGGUAACAGACCAUUUUGCAGCUCCAUUCAUUAUCCACCCCGUCUGCGGAAUGAAACGGGGAUUUGCAGCGGACGGAGAGACCAGCUUUGGAGCGAGCCUGCGUUUUACUGCACCGACAAGAGGGGGGAAGAUGUUUGUGCGAUGCCAUCGGGGCAAGCUGGUGUGGGCCGCUCUGUGCGUGCUGGUGCUCUGCUGGUUUUACAUUUUCCCCGGCUACAGACUCCCCGGCGAUAAAGAAAUAGUGGAAGAGGUGCUGAGGCAGGGGCAAGUAUGGCAGAAGAACCAGACGGGCAUCGAUUUAUACAGAAAGCUGCUGACAGAGUGCUGCAAUCCACAGAAGAUGUUUGCAGUGACCAAGGAGAACUCGCCAAUGGGCAAGGUCCUGUGGUACGAUGGCGAGUUUUACCACUCGCACACCGUCAACAAUGAGACCUACCCACUCUUUGUACAGGACAAUCCUCUGCAGCUGCCACUGAAGAAGUGUGCGGUGGUGGGCAACGGUGGCAUUCUCCAGCACAGCAACUGUGGAAGGGACAUUGACCAGGCCGACUUCAUCAUGCGGUGUAACCUUCCACCGCUUUCAAAGGAAUAUGUGGAGGAUGUGGGAACCAGAACGCAUCUGGUUACAGCCAACCCCAGCAUCAUAGAGAAAAGAUUUCAGAACCUUCUGUGGUCGAGAAAAGCUUUUGUUGACAGUAUGAAGUUCUAUGGCUCAAGCUACAUCUACAUGCCAGCGUUCUCCAUGAAGCCUGGCACCGACCCUUCACUGCGGGCGUAUUACGCCCUGGCAGACACCUCCUCCAACCUCACCAUGCUCUUUGCCAACCCUGACUUCUUGCGCACGGUGGGAAAAUUCUGGAAAGCCCGCAGUGUGAACGCCAAGCGCCUCUCCACUGGGCUCUUCCUGGUCAGCUUGGCCUUGGGACUGUGCGAGGAAGUGACGGCCUAUGGCUUCUGGCCAUUUUCCGUUGACCUGGACAAGCAGCCGGUCAGCCACCAUUACUACGACAACAUCCUGCCCUAUAAAUGGUUCCACGCCAUGCCUGAGGAGUUUGUCCAGCUUUGGCAGCUCCACAAAAGUGGAACACUGCGCAUGAGAGUGGGUCGCUGCCCCCCUCCGGAAGGAGGGAAAUAGAGAUUUUAAGUCAAGUGAUAGUGGCUAGGUCAAGUUCAGUGGGACACAGGAAACAGAUAAACACAUUAGUUUGUGAAACAGCAAGAAGUUGUUCAUCAUGGCAAAAAUAAGUGUGUGUGUGUGUGUAGAUGUGUGUGUAUUUUAGGAAAGCCUCAGCUGGGACUAAUACAUAUGAAACUAUGUGUGGGUGGAUGGGUGGGGGAUGGGGUUUUUUUUGUAUGCUGACUACUGUAUCUGACUCACAUAUGGGGCAGCUGGACCAAACCCCCCCUCUGGGUUUUUGUUAAACAGACAGACGGAGUGGAGGACCAGGGGGAAUAAUAAAAUGCACUGAAAGACUGGCGAAAUGCGAGGAACAAGGGAGAGAUAAUGGUGUCCUGGUACCUAGUAGCUUGAAUAGGGCUGAAAUUUAAUUGAGGGAAAAAAAAGACUGGCAGGGGGGAGAAAGAGUGAAAGCUGGCUAGUAUGUGUAUGAAAGGAUUUUUCUCUGCUUUUCUUCAACCAAGCGCUUGAUUGGCAUUCUCUGGUGCCAAAUAGAGCUUUAGUUCAAAGCAGGAGCCAUUAGAAAUGGAGUCUUAAGUACUAUAUACCCUAGAAUGUUUAGCCAAGUUGCAUUUUAACCCUUCACUGAAAAGGGAAAAUGGAUACACCCUGAUGUCCAUGUAUUGUUUUUGAUUGCCAAAUGUGAUUUUCGGGGAUUCAUGUGAAUACUUUUUUAGGUUCAUAAGUGGCCAUGAAGAGAAGAGAGAAAGCAUAAUGGACAUAAAUAAUCACGAAUACAAACAGUUGUUGCAAAAAACAUCACACAUACUAUAGGUACCUCACCUCAAAGUGGACAUCAUCACCGACAAGCAGGCUCCUUAGGUAAAUGGUAACAGCCUGACACGCUUCUUUAGAGAACAGUUACCAAGUCAUCUCUUAGUAACUUUACUACACUUGCCAAGUGCCAAGCCAAGGGAACAGUGGUCUCUUUGAUACGCUCUCUCGCACUGUCCUUGUGCUCUGGCGAGACACUGAUAUAAAUAGAGGCAGUGACAGAAAAAGACUUGAGGACUCGAUGUCACAAAGGGGCAUUUUAAUGGGUGACCUUUUUUUUCUUUAGACACUGGACACCUUAAAAGGUAAAUUGUGAUUUAUUCAUGCAAUUAUUGUCGUCACCAUUUUGCAUCGAAGUACAGGAAGAACUGAGCCUCUGUCCUGUGCUCCUUUUUAUAAUUGUGAUUUCUUUUUUUUCUUUUGUUUUGACAUUUUUUUCAUGCGCAAGGGAAAAUUAACUCGCUCAUGUAGAAGCCAACACGACAGACACGACAGUUGUUGUUGUUUUUGUUUUGUUUUUUUACUUGCAGGCCAGGAAAACAAAUGUACUUGAUUUGAAAUGGGUCUUUCUUUAAAAUGUUAUUUAAGAGUGAUAAAUGUGACCGUGCCAUAUUGUCAGUACUGCAACAAAGCAUGAAUCCUCAUGGAAAGUGCAUGGAGUGUAACACAAUCCUUCAACAUACUCAUCAGGCUGAAGUUACAGAACAUGUUGAUAGGUUAGUGCUUUGAGCUUUUAUCCACUCCUUGUCUGUUAAAUGAGGUCCAGUGCCUAUGAGAUGUAUUAAGGCAGGAAGAUCAUUCAAACGAGGGAUAUUUCUAAUGCUCUAAAUGUGUUUGAACUUUUAUUUUCUUUGCCACACUUGGCUCUGUGGAUCAAUACGUGAUAGUGACCCCUGACAUCAUGUAAAAUUAACUUAAAGAGAGCUACAUGUUGGACGAAGUUAAUGAAGUGAAACAAAAUCGAAUAAUUUCCAGUCCAAAUGUACAUGUGGCUCAUCGACACUCCGAACUGAACUUGAUGAACACUUUGACCAAUUUGUUUUACUUAUUGUGAUGUUUCUUAUUUGCACCUUUUUCAUUUUUUCUGUACUGCCCAGUAUUGUGAAUGAAUGAGAUGUGACAUAGUGUGAAUUUUAAGUAAGCAUGAUGAUUUUUAAUGUGUAUGUGCUCUUGGUAUACAGAUUUGUAACUAUCUCCAUCAUGUUCAGAUUCAUGCCCUCAUUCCAUCCUAUCUGAGUGAUGAAAGAACCACUGAGAAGGUGAGAUUUCUUAUCAAAAGGGAAAUGAAUCUGUUGUGUUAAUAUUGGUCGGUUAGCAUAAUACCCAAUUAGUUUUAGAUGUUCAGUCUUUCUUCAAAAGUAUACUUUUUCAAACUUCACUGACCUCAACAGGUCCAAAUAACAAAAAACAUCUGAAUCUUCAGCGCUGUGCUCUUCCUGCUACAACCUGCACAGCUUACAUUCAGGUGUCGUGUGCAACUUGUAAGUCGAUAAUUAAACACUCAGUCACUUACAUGAUACAUUUUUAGCAGUUUCUGUCGUUGAUCUUGCAUGGAAGAACAUGUAAGAGCAAGAUCAAUAUCAUCACUAUCGCCAAUGAGGGCAGCAUAUCUUCAGUGAUUUUUUUACAUUCCAAUCGCAGGUUUCAUAUCAAGUGGUUGAGCUUGCCAAAAUGUACUCUACAGUUUCAUAAUAAUGCUUGUGUUUUAUCACAUAUUAAUACAAUAUAGGAAUAGUUUUGUUAAUUCAAAUUUUGUUAAACAUUUAUUUUCUGUCUUGCUGAGAGUUAGAUGAGAAGAUUGAUACCACUCACAAAUCUGUCCGUUAAAUAUGAAGCUAAAGCUAGCAGCUGGUUAGCGUAGCUUAGCAGAAAGACUGGAAACGGGGGUAAACAGCUAGCCUACCAGCACCUCUAAAGCUCACUAAUUAUCACGUCAUAUAUCUUGUGUUAAAUCUGUGAGUUUUACUGGGAGUUCACAUUAAAAGCGAGAUGUGAGCAGCGCGUAAGCAUUCUGUCUGUUCAAUCCACACCCACUCCGACCUCUGUUAGGCCGUCACUGUCCCUAGAACCAGCUGUCCUGUCAGCAACAGGUCCUGAGGAGCUGAAAGGACAGUGGCCGGACUGGCCAAACCGUCAUCACCAGGCUGACUGACAGCAGCUGAAAGUUGGAUUUUGUUAUUUUCAGAAAGAGAAAGAGCUAGCUGUUUCACCAUUUCCAGUCACUAUGCUAAAAUAAGCUAAGAUAACUGGCUGCUUGCUGUUGCUUCAUAUUUAGCAUGCAGGUAUGAGAGUAGUAUCAAUCUACUCAUCCAACUCUCAAAAAGACAGCGAAUAAGCGCACGAGGUCGACGAAAAAUAAGUUGAACAAGAUAGAACAAAAUAGAGCGUACACAAUGGCAGUAUUGUCGUCCAUUUUCUUUCCUGUCUCAGGCCAACUGGUCACAUUUAUCAAGCUAAAGUAUGGCUGCAGGGUGACCAAUUGGUUAGAGUCUCUUCAUGGAAAGGUCACAUGUUUGAUCCCUGUAGCAGCCAUAUGAUUAGCUACAGUGUCCUUAAGCAAGACACUGAACUCCGACGUGAUUACAGUGUGAAACCUGCCAGUGUUUGUGUCAAACUAUUAGUUCUGUAGCCAUCUUUCACCUCGUGAUGAUAAUGUCUUCUACUGUUUUGUCCUGUUAGACAUCUGCAUGAACAACUUGCUGUUUUCCUACUUAGAACAGGUUUAACACAGCAGAGCAUCUCAGAUGUAGAGAUGAAAUUGUUGGAAGCCAAGUUUUUCUGCCAUGUCUUCAGUUACAGAGUGUGAGGACAUGAUGUAUCACAAAUGACAAAGUUAAUAUAAAGUGGGUCAAAUAGUCAAUGCAAAUUCAUUUUAGCAUUUGUUUUAAUCUGAUGCAACUACUGAAUGUUUAGGCAGAAAAAAAACAAGUUAAAGCCACUAUGUGUAGGAUUUUUAUGCAAUUAUAGCAUGUUUCAAAGUAUUUGUAAAAAGUAAGAUAAUCCUGGUGAGUAUUGGUGCAGUCUGUGUUGCUUUCAGCCCAUACAUCUCAGUCUACUUGGAUCGAAUCGGUAGAGGGAGGGGAAGGGAGACAGUGAUGUACAUCGCGUUUUUUAUUCUACCACUAAGGACACCAAAGUCCUUAAUUUUCAAAUUCUACACAUAGUGGCUUAAAAAACAAUUUGUUUAGGAUUUAAUUUAAGAUUGAGUAUAUUUGAAGUUACACUAUACUAUGAUUCCCCAAUAAUAAUUGACAUAAUAUUAUUUGUGGUGAUGCAGUGAAUUUGGAUAAAACAAAUACAAACAGUGAUUUUUAAAGACUUUUUGAUUCAUUUUUGAUCAAUAGCAGUCCAGAGGGCUCAACUUUCUUACAUAUUUAAGUAUUUGAUGUUACGACAAGCUUGGUUAUUUUAAACAACGGAUGUAAAUGUGCUUUAUUUGCCUUGACUGACUGAAUUUGUUACAAAAAGAUGACAGGAAAAAACUUUCCUUUUUUUGGAGGCAUUGCUGUUUGCGCCACCCCUACUGUCACAUCCUCUGCUCAUUCAAGUAAUCUGAUGUGAACAAUCCUGCCUGAGCAUGUUGAAAAUAAAUCAGAACUGCAGUUCAAAAUGGUUUAAACCAAUUGUAUGUGUCACCUGGAUUAAACUAUGGAUAAAUAAGAAAAAAAACUAAUGAAAACAACCAUAUCCAUAUACAAGGCGAACACUGGUAUCCAAUAAAGAAGGAAAAUGAUAA